UAUGAUAAUAAUGUCAGCUCUACCUUAAACGAGUUGAUGUGGUGGUUUCCACACCAAAGAUCGCUUGGCAAGAUUUCACAGAAGUUUGCGGAACAUGGAAUGGCCAUAACAAUAUUCAAUUUUGAAUUAUACACAGAAAUGGUUGAGGAAAGAUCCGCAAAGGAUACCCAGGGUAGCGCAGGCUUGGUUGCAUCAAAGCAUCUUCAGAUUCAACCUCGAAAUGUCUGCACAACGAAACAAACCAAUAAAAUGUCACCUUUUGACAUUGGAGCAAUCAGUGCGUGA